CGACAGAAGAGCCAUUUGCCCCCCAAGAAUAGCCUCUCCUCUUCUCUGGAGCCGCCAUUGGGUUAGAGAGAGCGUGAGAUUUUUACUUACUGGGAUUACUCAAUUCUGUAUGUUCUUGCUUAAGUAGUGUUUGAUUUAUAAAGAUGUCGAGUAAGAAAGAAGAGAAAGCUCAGGUUGCAGCUGAUAGAAUCAAGGCUGCUGCCAUGACUGCUGCAAAAGGUCUUAGUCGGGCUCAGGCGGAACGAGCAGCUGCUGCAGCAGCUAGGAAUGUUAAUGCUUAUGGGCAGAAGGAAGAAGGGCCAAGUAGAUGGCAGGAGAAGAGAGAAGCCAAGAGACAGAUGUACUUGAUGAGUACUGAGAAGGCUGUGAGAUUGGGUGAGCGAAAGGAUCUCAAGACUAGUGUGUCUACUGUUGGUGGUGCGUCUUCACAAUGCCAAAAGUGUUUUCAACCCGGGCAUUGGACGUAUGAGUGCAAGAACGAACGAGUGUACAUCUCACGUCCAUCUCGGACUCAGCAGCUGAAGAACCCAAAAUUGAAGAUGAAGGUGUCGGUUCCAGAAGAUUUGGAUAACCCAGAUGUUAAAGAGGAGGAAGAGGAGAAAGAGAAGAGCAAAAAGAAAUCUAAGAAAAGCAAAAGGAAGCACCGUUCUGAUUCUGAGUCUGGUAGUGAUAGCGAGGCUUCGGUUUUCGAGACUGAUAGUGAGUCACCAUCAGGGACAGGUUCUGAUUCUUCUUCAGACGAGAGUAGUACCGAUUAUAGCUCCUCCUCUGAUUCAGAAGAGGAGAGGAGGAGGCGGAAGAAGAAGAAGCAAAAGAGGGGGAGACGUAGAAGGUACAACUCGUCAUCUUCAUCCGAUUCUGACUCGGCAUCAGAUUCUGAUUCUGAUGAUAGGCGCAGCAAGAGGAAGAGCAGGAGGCACAGCAGAAAGCGUUAACUGGGAUAGUCAAAGAAAGACAACCAAAGCAAGAAGACAAGAACAGGGAGGAGGCAUGUAAUUAUUUUAGGUUCUUGUUGCAUUACAUAUUGACCUAAUAAUAUAAUCUUAGAUGCUCCCAAUGUUUGCAGUAGUUGACUUUAUUCAUGUGUACUUUAGUGGGGUAUCAUGAGAUGAGUGCUAAUUAAGUAAAUGAAGUUACUGUGGUUGUAUUUCCAUUAGGCUUUUCAUUCUGUUUUUGACUUCUAUAUGAGGAUGUAAUGAGUUUUCUUCGGUUGAUUUUUA